GUAUGCAUCAGCUGUGAUACCUGUUGCUUAUUUUUUAUCCAAUCAUAACAAUCAUCAUUGUUAUUCCGUAAUUGAAAUUAGAACGAGUGUGUGAAUUUUUUUUUCAAGGCGAGAUAAGCGUUUUGUUGACAUUUUUUUAAUUGGUUUUUUUUUGUUCGUGAUUGGGCGAGUGUUGGAAGACUUUGGAUGACACAUUUUCAUUUUUAUCUCAUGAUUCAUUCCAUUAGUAUGCCAAGAUUUGAAAAAAGAAAAAUCGAAUUAAAAUGGCCUUGAGACUCUUCUCCUCGCUUUGAAGAAAAAUCUUUUGUAACGAGGGUAUUGAUUUAAAAUAAUCAAUUAUCUGUCAAUUAAUGAAUACAUCUUAUUUAAGGAACCAUUCCGAGUUUUGAAUGUCAGUGGAAAAUAUCGGUUGAUUAUUAAAACACCUCUUCCAAUUUUCUCAGCGUUGCAAAAAUGGAUUUGAGCGUAAAUACUAGUAUGGAGGAAGGGAGAGGUGUCUAUAAUGGACGAUGGGAUGCAACAGAACACAUGAUUUCAUCCGAACAACAAAAUCUCCCCUUUCCCAUGUACUCGAUGAAGGACUCAGAGAGUGAAAGCCAACGCCAACAAAUUGAUUUCGUUUUAGCCUACAUGGACAAUGGCAAUUUAACGCACGCACUGAGGAGAGAGGAGUUUGAGAAGGAACUCAGAGAUCAAGGACUCGAGCUAGAGUACGAACAAAAUCGACAGCUUGUCUUUAUAAAAAUUCAUGCCCCGAAGGAAGUCCUGUGCAGGUUUUGCGAAAUAAUGAAAUUAAAAAUGCCAAUCAAGGCCCUUUCCAAUGAAGAAUUGCAGGUCUCGGGCAAUGACAUUUUUGAAGAUGCCAAGUCGUGGUUCAUAAGUUUAUUCAAAUGUGCACAAUUGGAUCCUUCUAAAUUUCCCAAGCGCGAGGCGGUUCUUUUAGCUGAAUUUUCGAGAGACAAGGAUUAUUUGUUUGACCUAGCGGAUGACAAUUUUUUUCUUCCGAAUGUACGUGCAAUGAUUGUAGAUUUUAUUUUGGAAAGACAAUCCGAGGGAAUUCAGCGGCUAGUUGUCAAUGGUGUCUAUUCCGCUGCAUAUCCAUUGCAUGAUGGGACAUAUAAGCAAGCAGGAACAACUCGAGCAUUAUUAUAUAACGAAUGGGCUAGUACGAGGAAGUGGGUGAAGCUGCAGCCACUGGACACUAUUCAGGAAUACUUUGGGGUGAAUGUUGCGCUGUACUUUGCUUGGCUCGGAUUUUACACUUAUAUGCUGAUACCUGCAAGUAUAGCAGGGUUGUUGUGUUUCUUCUAUGGAUUGAUAACUCUCAAUUCAAAUGAGAUAGGUAAAGACGCCUGCUCUCCCUGGGCAGACACAAUAAUAAUGUGCCCCCAGUGUGACAGAAAUUGUGAUUACUGGCGUCUUAACACUACUUGUAUACUCACAAAAAUGACUCUUCUCUUUGAUACUCCAGCAACUGUAGUUUUCGCAGUGUUCAUGUCAUUUUGGUCAGUUCUUUAUCUGGAGCUAUGGCGUCGAAAAUCGGAGCAAUUGAGUUAUCACUGGGGGCUCGUAGGGUGGGAUCAAGGCGCAGAACACCCUCGACCCCAGUAUCUCUCUAUGAUUCAAAAAGCCGGGCUCUUGAAUUUUAAAAUAAAAAAUAAACUUAAUCCAGUGACUCGGGAAACAGAGCCCCAUGUGAGUUUCUGGAGCGUUCGAGUCCCUGCCACAAUGCUGAGCUUUUCUGUGGUAAUUCUACUGGUGCUUGUCGCUGUUGCUGCUGUCUUCGCUGUUGUUCUCUACAGAAUGUCAAUGAUAACGUCCAAUUCAUUGUUUGGAAAGGAGAUGGACAGUAACCAGUACAAGACAUUCGCUCUUCCCAGUGUGGCAGCAGCUAUCAAUCUUGCUUGCAUUCUAGUUUUGAAUUAUUUCUAUGACUGGCUCGCAGUCUACCUCACAGAAAUGGAGAUGCUGAGAACUCAACCGGAGUUUGAUGACAGUUUAACUUUAAAAGUUUAUGUCUUCCAAUUUGUCAAUUAUUACGCAUCAAUUUUCUAUGUGGCGUUCUUAAAGGGCAAGUUCCCUGGAUAUCCAAAGAAGUACAAUAGAAUACUCGGAUUCAGACAAGAGGAAUGUGCUCCUGGAGGAUGUCUAAUGGAGCUUAGUAUUCAAUUAGCAAUUAUUAUGGUGGGGAAGCAAGCUGUUGCAACGGCUUUAGAGAUGAUCCUGCCAAUUUUAUUCAAGUGGUGGGCAUUGUUCAGAAUUCACACCGGAUUGAAGCAAAAAGAUCCGAUUCCAUCAAGAAGCCAGUGGAUCAGGGAUUUUAAAUUGCUGGACUGGAGUCCUAGAGGACUCUAUGAUGAAUAUCUGGAGAUGGUCAUUCAGUUUGGCUUUAUUACAAUUUUUGUCGUGGCUUUUCCACUCGCUCCACUCUUUGCACUGGCCAAUAAUGUCCUGGAAAUGAGACUCGAUGCUACCAAAUUUCUCAGACAUUACAGGAGACCUGUGCCGAGAAGGGCAAAAGAUAUUGGCAUUUGGAAGCAGAUUCUUGAUGCUUUGGCGAGAAUUAGUGUGACAACCAAUGCAUUUAUCAUUGCUUUUUCCUCCAAUUUAAUUCCUCGUCUCGUCUAUAUGAAAGCAGUGAGCCCAGACAACUCGGAUGUAGGAUUUUUGAAUCACAGCCUGGCUUAUUUCAACACCAGAGAUUUUCAAGAAAAUACUGCACCGCUCUACAGUACCUUUGGCAACAUAUCAGAGUGUAGAUAUCCGGAAUACAGAAAUCCCCCAGAUCAUCCAGAACUGCCCUAUAAGCGACCGAGUGUUUACUGGCGCAUCCUGGCAGCGAGACUUAUUUUUGUUGUUGUUUUUCAGAGUGUUGUUGGAUUAUUCACAAUGUCAGUGCAAUGGUGUUUAUCCGGUGUACCCAGAAAAUUGCGCGAUCGAAUUAAACGGGAGGCUUAUCUCACAGAAGAAAUAAUAAUAAAGCGUGAAGCUGAGAGAGCAAGGGAGAGGGCACGAUUAUUUGCCAAUGCAAGUCGUUUCGCCAAUAACGUUGGGGAUCAUUUGCGCCGACGAACAACUAAUGAAUCGACAACAAUCAACGAAGAAAAAAAUUUUGUCUGAUGAGAUUUUCUUUCAUUUCACGACAGAUGUUGCAUAAUGAGAUUUUUUUAUUA